AUGGCAGUGCAAUGGACUGAGCAGAUUCAGAACCAUAAAGUGUUGAUAUGUAGUGACUCUGUGUCAGCUAUUAAUAGUAUGGGGAAAGGGACCUCAAAGAGUCGACAAGACCUUGUAUAUGAUAUUCUUCUGGCAAUUAGAGAUGUGAAAAGGAGAGAAGUAGAAAUAUCAUUUGUAUGGGUCCCAGCUCAUGUAGGUAUUGCAACAAAUGAAAAGGUUGAUAAGUUGGCCAAGGAAGCUGCUCAAAAGGAAACAAUAGAUAUAAACUUAAAUCUGUCCAAAGCGGAGGGUAAAAGUAUUGUGUGGCAGGGAACAAUUUUGAAAUGGCAACAGUUCUGGGAGCAUGAAAAUAAAGGGAGGCACCUAUUCUCUAUUUCUAGUAGGGUAACUGAUUCAGUUAAGGUUUGUAAAGGAGGAGAGGUUAGACGUAAGGAAGAGGUUAUUAUUUCUAGAAUGAGGAUUGGGCAUACGUUUCUGAACAGCACUUUAUUUAUUUUAGGAAAACACCAGAGUGGCUUAUGUUCAUGUCAAGAACCUGAGACAGUGAAUCAUGUUUUAUUUUUUUGUAGAAAAUAUGACCACCAAAGACAAGAUCUGCUCAGAGAAAUGCGAGUAAUUGGCUUGGAAGAAGUAUCUCUAAAAAAUAUUUUAGAAGUAGGGUCAAGCACAAGGGGAAAGCAGUGUCUUUUUAAAUUUCUAAAAGAUACUGUAUUGUAUAAUAGGAUAUAGUGCACUUAGGUGCUAAUACCAUAGAUGGCAGCAAUGCAACUUAUUGGAUGCCGGCUGCCGUAAAACCCCAAAGAAGAAGAAGAAGAAGAAGAAGAAGAAGAAGAAGAAGAAGAAGAAGAAGAACUAAAGAGGUGGGGCAGAACACUGGCUCCACCAAUCGGGUGCCGUUACUAGGCGGGUCUCAAAUCGCAUUCGACCAAUCAUAGCCAUCCCACCUGACGGCCAUCAUUCAGCUGAGCUGCUUUCCCGUUGUUUCUACAGAGUUCUGUGCUCGUGCCUGUAUGAUAGCGACUGAGAAACGCAAUCCCAAAAACAAUGUUCAGACCAGAAAUUCAUCACUGAGUUUAGCGACCGUUUUAAACACGCGUAGGUCUUAUUUGCCUCAGUCAUCAGAAUGUAGCGACCAUUUGAGGACCGCGGGCAAAUUAAUUUCUUAGUUUCAAAAAGUCUUUGCCAAGUACGGACUAGCUAAUUGGCUAAUUCAUUGCGCAUCACAUUGAGUUUAGCCACGGAUUCUAGCAGAGUCGCUAAACAACGAAGCAACUCCAGACAUAAUGGUAUGGUUCAAAGGAAUAUCACGACGUUUGUGGCGUCCAUGAAAAGAAAAAACGGAAUUCCCACUUUCUCUAUGUGUCGACUGGAUGUGAAGAAGGAAGUUGAGCCCUGCGGAGGAGAUGGUGCCCUUUCCUCGUUAAGAUACAUGUUGGGCCGAGGGGUGAAACGUAAGUUGAGUGCGCAUGAGGACCCUGCCCAGGACAUGCCAUAUCCUCAGCAGAGGCAGCUGGUGCUGGACUUGUGUCUGGACAAGCUACAAAUCUGCCAGCGCCAGGCUGAACCAAGCCUGCACCGUUCGGUUCUGCUGGCCAACACACUCCGCCAGAUUCAGCAGGAAAUGAGACAGGAGGGGGAAACCUGUUUUCCACCAGCCCCACUCAUCUCCUCGCGCCAUCAUCCCUCCACCCCAAGCCACUUUCCUGACCUGUCGCCCGAGCCCUUAGAAUGUAUUCCACCCCUAACCACUCCUUCAUUUCCCCUCAAAACAGAGGAUAAGGAGGUCCAGUUGGGUGGUGUUGAAAACAAGACUCUUUUCCCAUCCCUCGCAGGUGAGGAUGCGAGGUCAUUAGAUGCAAUCUUCUGCUCGUUUGAGAUCACAAAUUCCACCAGCUACUUGACCGACAUGACACUAGAUGACAUCUUUGAGGACAUCGACACCUCGAUGUACGACUCUUCUGACAUUUCUGUUCUAGCGUUUCCUGGGCAGAGAAGUGGCGGAGUGGACGAUGGCCUCAAGAGCUUUUCCAGCUGCACCUCCAACAGCAGCCUACAGCUCUGUCUCUCAGACCUCAAUGAUCUGGACCACAUUAUGGAAAUUCUGGUGCGCUCCUGAAAUGCUUGCACCACAGGCUCCUCGUUCAGACAGCCAUCCCAAUGUUUUCUAGGAGGAAUGAAUACAAUGCAUUUUCUUUUUAUUGAACAAAUGUUUUAUCUAUUUUUAUACAAAGGACUGAUAUAUUUAUAUAAAUAAUGAAACUGCCUGACACACUCCCACUGUAGGAUAAAUGCACAUUUUAAGACUUCAGAUGGUCUAGCUUACGCCACCAUCCUUCAUAUUUAAGCAAACUAAGAUAAGAAUAUGCAGGGACUUCAGUAACAAAGUAUUACCAUCGGCACUGUUUAUACUGGAUAGAGACUCUGGAGUUGUAUUAAAGAGGAGGAGAUUGAUGAAACGUCAAUCGUAAUGGACACAUUUUAACUUUAGAUCAGAUAAAUUACAUUUAUUUUUUGUGAACUGAUCUCCAUUGUAUUCUGAAGCAUUACAUUUACUGUCAGUUAUUAUGAUUAUCAUGCCAUGCACAUACAGCACUCACACUACCUCUCAGUAUACCAAGAGCUUUUUCUCUAUACAAAGACUGUCAUUGUUGCAAGUGUUGUAAUUUAAUGGUUUCUCACUAAUGACUUUAAAAAACUGGAUUCAUUCCUAAGUUAUAGCCGUAGAAGUUGCAAACGCAUAAAUGCUUGUCCUCAACUUUUGUCAUUUUUCUUUUCAAGUGCUUCUGAAUCUCUUCAAUUCAGAAUUAAUGAGCUAUGUGGCUUGCCUCGAACGUGAUCUAGCUAUAUUUUGUAAUCACUUUCUAAUAUUCAUGUACAUGAUUGUCAGAAAACCAACGUUGAAUCCCUCAUGUGAACAUAGUGCCUACGAAGGAGAAUGAAGACUGCCGAUGAUGAUGCACACUGUGGACCCGCAAAUAGAUUUGCCUGAGUUUCUUGCUCUACACCUAAACACCUGUUUAGCUCUCUUUGCAUGCUGUGUGGAUAGGUUGCUGGAUUUUGAGUGUUUGGCACAAUCCUCUGUCCUCCAAAGAAGUGGGUCCACAUCACCUCACUACUGUUCUCUUUUAAUGUGAUCUACACUGCAAAACGUUGAUUGUGGAUGUCUGUGAUUGCCUCUUGUGGUGUGAUCUUAAAGACCCAUUUCAGAAUGCCCAAGCAUACACCCUUAGCCAUGGGGAUUAAUCCAAAUUAAUGUAUUUCUUGCAAUCCCUCCAAGUUAUUAAUUGAUUGCUAAAUGGCUUUUGUGAGAUGGAGGACUAGAGCAAAGGCCCCUCUCCUCUGACCCUAGAGCUGUAUGUCUCUAAUCAAAAGUUUUAACAUGCAUUGAAAAUAAAGACCAUAAAGGAAUGGAUGCUGGAAAUAAAAAAAAUGCAGAAAGUGUUCUGAGCCACAAGCUGCAGUCUGCAUUAAGAUGGGGCAGGGAAAGGGGGAGGGGUAGAACAAGAAAGAGAUUAAGAGAGGGGGAGUAAAAGCAAACGGCUCCUGUCACGUGGAGAUCCUUGCUCGUGGUAAAGGCUACAGUGAGAGUUUGACAACAGCUGGUAUGUGUGUGUUGGUAAAUGGCUCCACCUCCAGUGAGGCCUCAAGGGGCUCCAUUCUCCUCUCAACCAAUCAUUUGUAGUGAUGGGAGGAGCUUUGCUCUCUCUCUGGUGUAUGUGGAAUAUAAUAAUAAAUGAAUGCAGUUCAAAUUGGUCUUUUCACUAAUAGUGAAAUAUCUCAUAGAGAACUCUCUUUACUAAUUUAUCACUUGUGAUUGUACGAUCAAAAUAAUUAAGGUCCAAAUUUACCAUUGAGUCAUGGUCUGAAUUUGAGUUCAAUUUAGACAUUCCAAAUAAAUUAGAUAUUGUAAAGCUGUGCAACUUUACAUUUUAAAUGCAGUGCAUUCAGCUCUUUCCUGCACUCUUUAAAGGCUCAGGCUCACAAAUACCCCACCCUGCCUUUCCCUUCAGAAGACAUGACACUCACAAAGUUUACACUCAGAUUUUGGAAAACAUGUUUGUGUUUGAGAUGGUGGUCAAAGAAAACUAAACCAGGGAGACUCUUUGGUGACAUUGUCAGCAUUUUAGCAGUCAAUGCUGAGAGCUGUGUAUCUAAUAGAGUAUGUCACUUUCUAAGCUUUGUAAGCUUGAUCAGUUUUUCUUUUUUGUUGUUGUUUGUGUAUAUAUAUUUGUAUUUAUAUAUUUUCUUCUAUUUUGCUGUUUUGUUGUUUGUUUUUUGAUGGCUGAAUAUCAUGAGAAAAUAUAUUGCUUUUAUUUAAGAGUGAAACAUGAUCAGUUGACUGGUCUUUAGGAGUGUUUAUUUGUUUUGAAGUGUGAUUUGUUCUUCACCUUGAAGUAAUAAUUAAAUGUAAAUAGAUGAUGCAGAAUUAAGAGACUUUAAUCAUUGAAAUUAUUUGUAAAAGUUUCAAUUUGUGCUGACACUGGACUGAAUGACAAUGGGAUCCUCUUUACAGUGUGUUCAUUUCCCUUGGACCAGGUUGUUAAUUUGGAAGCUUUUAUCAUUUUUUUAAUGCCAAUGUGGUGAACUUAAUUUAAGAAAACUUCCAGUUGUCUGCCUUUUUUAUAUUGUAAUUUAUGUAAUGAAAGGUCUCAUUUCUUUCUCUUGGUGCUUCAAUUCAGACUCUCGAAAAAGGGACUAUCAGAAGUGUUGUUUCAUAACAAUCAGCACCAGGAGCCUCUGGUUUCAAAUGAAUUAAGGUUAAAGUCAAUUAUGGUUCAUUCUAUGAGCAUGUAUUGCAGUAAUGCACAGAAUUGCAGAGAAAAGUAGUUUACAUUUUGUUGUAAACUUAUGCUGUGAACAGCUCUUUUGAAUGACAUAUGAUACGUUUGAUGCACCACUUGCACAGAGAAUACAAAAGCAGGAGAUUGUAUUAACAUGGUUUGGUUGUGAGGCACAAAAUAACAAGCUUUAAGUAUCACCUCAUCUUGUUAAUUUGGCCAUUAGUGUAAACCUGUCUCUUUCAUUAAACUAAUGAAAUUGUAAUAUUUUGAAAACCUCAAAAUGUCACUUUGUCCCAAGUGCAAUAUGAAAAUAAAGCGCUGUCUUGCCUAAUUGCAAAUAACACAAUGUAGUUAGCCAAUGUAACUUUGAAUGAAUACAUGGUUAGAUGUUUCUUUUAAUGAUAACAGAUGCCUUUACACCCUACAUACUCUUCCUUCUGAAACUGUCCUUAAUCUGUUGCUAUUUUGACCACAGAUUUUGUGAGGUCUGUAAAUAAUAAAGCGUUUUCUUUGGCAGUCAUAUUCUAUGCAAUACAUUGUAGCAGGUCCGUAUGUCAAAUAAAAAAUGGAAA